UUGUAAAUAUUCACUAGUUUGUUAUUGCUGUUCCAAACCAGUAAACCCCGAAUGGAGCUUGAAGUCCUGGAUCUGUCCGUAUGUUGCCGGUUGUGCCUGCGGUCCUGUACAGCGGCGGACGAUCCCUCCUCACUGGACGAACCCAAUCUAGCGGAUCGGUUGAAGUACGUCUUCCGAAGAGCGUUCUGCGAAUCGGAAUGGAUUCCCCGGUUGAUCUGCCAGAAAUGCAACAGUUUGGUCAAGGACUUUCACAGGUUUGCUCAACUUGUGCACAGGAAUCAAGACUAUCUGGAGUCUUUGGAGUUGCCGGGAAAGACUGAGGUUGAUUUUGACCAGAUUGAGGAGUCCGAAUCAGCUCGGAUAGAGGACGGUGAUGGUGCUGUCGAUAACUCUAACGAAGGUGAGGUGGAACAUGCUGAAGAAGCAAAUGUUACAAUCGAUCAGGAAGAAUCUGAGAGUGAAGAAGACGUUGGUAAAACCAAGUCCCAAAAGGAAGAUGCCCGCAUCAAGCAGUAUUACAAGAUUCAGUGCGAUAUCUGCUUCGCAGAAUACGAAGCCUUUACGGAGUUGUCGACACACUUUCGGGACGUACAUGGCAUUUCAGGUUACAUCAAGUGCUGCGAUAAGAAGCUGUAUCGAAGAUGUCGUCUGCUGGAGCACAUUUCCAAGCAUCUCGAUCCGGAAACAUUUCGCUGCAAGCUGUGCAACAAGAACUACGCGUGUAAAACAAGUCUUGAGUUGCACAACAUGCAUAAGCAUCUUCCUCAGGAUCAGAAGCCUUUCCAAUGUCCCAAGUGUCCGCGGUCCUUCGUGAAGAAGUACCAACUGAAGGCUCACUCCGUACGCCACGUGGCGGUUGAAUGCCCCGACUGCGGCAAGAUCAUGUCCAGCCGGCUAUCGCUGCGGGAUCAUCUGCUGAAGAUGCACGGCGAGUCGGGUCGUUUCAUUUGUGACACGUGCGGUGCCGAAUUCCGAACUAAAGUGGCCUUUGACCGGCACCUGCAAAAGCACCGGGGAGUGUCCUCGCGGGAUACCGAUCGAGCGCAGUGCGAACAGUGCCAAAAGUGGUUCUCGACCACCGUGGGUCUGCGGCAGCACAUCAAAACACAGCACACGGAGUCCGGUGAGCAGUUUGUGUGUCCGAUUUGUGGCAAAGUGGCGCCGAAUUCGGCCGCCUUGAGGCAGCACAAAUCGGUGACGCAUGCGGAGCAGAAGCACGAGUGCGAAUACUGCGGGAAGCGCUUCCGGCGGGCCAUUUCGCUGAAGGAACAUCGCGCUACGCACACGGGAGAGGUUUUGUACUCGUGCAAGACGUGUUCGAUGACGUUCAACUCGAACGCCAACAUGUACAAACAUCAGAAGAAGGUUCAUCCGGAAGAAUGGGUUAAGAAUAAAGGUGCUAAGGGAUGAUGGAA